AUGUCUCCGUCAUCCACACCACACACGACAAAAAAGACAAUGGCUGAUUUGGCCCGAGCUGUAAACAGCCCUUCUCAUGAUUAUUUAUCUGACACACACACAACAAAGAGUAGCACUUACAGUAAUUCAAAGAUUAUUGGUAAUCAAUCAUCAUCAUCAUUUUCAUCAACAGCAAUACCAUUCCGAGCCGUUACACAACAACAUGAUCCCUCUAGCAUCAUUCACCACAGUAGGAAUUCUUUUUAUAAUUCUAAAAUGCAAAAUAAUAAUUUAUCAUCACCACCAUCUUCAUCAUCAACGAAUUCUGAAAAAAUCUUUAAUUGGAAAGAACAAAAAGCGUUAUUGGAUAAACCAUUUUACGGUUCAUGCCGAAGUGUCGAUGAAUUUGAAAAAAUUGAUAAAAUUUAUGAAGGAGUUUAUAAGGCUCGUGAUCGAAAAACAAAUGAAAUUGUUGCAUUGAAACGUCUAAAUAUUGAUCUUGCCUCUACUCAUGAAGAGGGUUUAUCUUUGGCAUAUAUUCGAGAGAUUGCAUAUUUACAAAAAUUUUGUAAUGAACUUGUGCAUGAAAAUGUGUUAUCUUUACGGGAGGUUGUGGUUGGACCAAAAUUAGACUCUAUAUUUAUUGUAUUGGAUUAUAUAGAAAAUGAUUUGACCACCCUCAUUCACAAGUCCAAGGAUUUUACAUUACGAGAAUCAGAAAUUAAAUCUAUCAUGCUUCAAAUUUUGGAAGGAUUGAAUUAUUUACAUGAAAAUUUAAUUAUUCACAGGGACAUGAAGCCAUCGAAUAUUCUAUAUGAUCGAGGGCGAGUGAAAUUGAUAGAUUUUGGAUUGGCAAGAUAUGACACCAAUUUUUUAGCAAACAUUAAUAAGGAACCUUACGAUAUGAAAAAUCAAGCACGUACUUCUUCGAGUUGUGACAGCUCUUCUUCAAAACUCGAUCCCAUUAUCGACUUUUAUUUAAAAAAGACGCCAAAUCUGGUGACACUCUGGUAUCGACCUUUAGAGCUUUUGCUUGGCUCUAGAGACUAUGACAGGUCUAUUGACAUGUGGAGUGUGGGGUGCAUCUUUGCAGAGCUACUUUUAAUGAGACCUCUUUUCAAUGCUGACAAUGAAAUUCAAGCCAUAGAAAUGAUUCUCAAGUUGCUUGGUGUCUCCUCCGAAGAUAAGGAAAUGUUAAGUCAUCUUCCCUAUUACAAGCAAUACUUUGCGAGUGGAUCUCUGUUAAAAAAGUACGAAAAAGCCAACGCCCACGAUAAUUUCAUGAACUUGUUCGAAUAUGCAGGAGUGGAUGAGGCAGCCAUUGACCUCAUUGAGGGUCUUCUAAAAUUGAAUCCACGAAAACGACUCACAGUUAAACAAGCUCUUAAUCAUCGAUAUUUCAAAAUUCAUCCACCUGCUGCCUCUCUCGACCAAAUGCCAAGCUUUUUAUUUUCACACCGUUCUCCACAACAUCACAAGCGUCAUCAUCAUUAUCAUCGAAGGUACAAUAGAUAUGCAGAAGAGGAUCACCAUCGCGGUCAUGAUUCACAUGAUAGUUACCGAGAGGAUCGAUACCGUAGUCACUAUCACACUGAGAAUGUAUUUGAUGGAGGAAAUGGCUCCUCUCGGUAUCAUGGUUCUAACAUGGAUCACCAACAUCACAAACGAAGUUAUCAACCUACGGACCGAUCGUAUGACCGUGACAACCCUCACCACCUUCCUUCCAAUACAGACCGAACCAAUCAUAAGCGUUAUAAACACUUUGAAUAA